GUGCCAUAUGCCUUGCGACCUAAGGUAGAAGCCGAGCUAACACGCCUUGAAAAGGAAGGGAUUCUAAACAAGGUGGAACAUAGUGAGUGGGCAACCCCUAUUGUACCUGUGGUCAAACGAAAUGGCUCAGUACGAAUAUGUGGGGAUUUCAAAGUCUCUGUUAACCCGGUUUUAAUCGCAGAACAAUACCUUUUGCCCCGUAUCGAGGAUAUUUUUGCCAAUCUGGCUGGGGGUAAGCAUUUUACCAAAUUAGACUUACGCCAAGCCUAUCACCAAAUGGAGGUCACUGAAGAGACACGAAAGUAUUUGACUAUUAACACACAUAAGGGUCUAUUUCAGUAUCAGCGGUUAGUUUUCGGUGUGACGUCAAGCCCAGCAAUUUGGCAACGUGCCAUGGACCAGGUGUUACAGGGUAUACCUGGAACACAAUGCAUCCUUGACGACAUGAUAAUUACCGGAAAGUCCAAUGAAGAGCACUUAGAACGGUUAGAGGAAGUUCUAAAGCGAUUACAAGAGGCAGGUCUGAGAGCAAACAAAGAGAAGUGUGAAUUCUUCAAGGAGAAAGUUGUGUUUUGUGGCCAUGAAAUUGAUGCCAAUGGUUUACACAAAACCCAAGAGAAGAUCGAGGCAGUAGUGAACGCCCCUAGGCCCGAAAAUGUGUCACAAGUUCGAUCCUUCCUAGGACUGGUAAAUUACUAUAAUCGGUUUCUCCCCAACGCAGCUUCAGUUCUUCACCCACUACAUGAAUUGCUUCAGAAAAGUCACAAGUGGAAGUGGACUGAACAAUGUGAGAAAGCUUUUAAAAAUGCCAAGCACUUGAUAACCUCUGACCUAGUCCUAACCCACUACGACACAACGCUUCCAGUUAAGAUCGCAUGUGAUGCUUCACCAACCGGAAUUGGUGCAGUGUUGUCGCAUGUUAUGGCAGAUGGAAGUGAAAGACCAGUGGCUUUUGCAUCCAGAUCCCUCACCAAGACGGAGCGCAAGUACUCCCAGAUUGACAAGGAAGCACUGUCAAUUGUGUGGGGGGUCAAGAAGUUUCACAUAUAUUUGUAUGGGCGACGGUUUACACUAGUCACUGACCAUAAACCUCUGACAUCCAUUUUCCAUCCAGAAAAAGAAAUACCCAUAAUGACGGCCACAAGACUCCAACGCUAUGCAUUGUUCCUAGCUGGAUUCGAAUACGACAUUGAGUACAAGAAUACGAAAGAACACUGUAAUGCAGAUGGUCUAUCACGACUACCACUGCCAAUGACGGAGAAAGAGGAUACAGCUGUGGAUGCAGCUGACGUGUUUCAUGCAACCCAGUUAAACAUUCUCCCAGUCACCAGUGAAUCGGUAGCUAAAGAGACAAAUCGUGAUCCCAUAUUAGCCAGAGUUUAUGAUUCAAUAGUUAAAGGUUGGUCAGCACGUUUCGAGGGAGACAAGCCCUACCAUGACCGACAGAGUGAACUUACAGUUCAUCAAGGUUGUAUCCUUUGGGGAAUGAGAGUGGUCAUCCCUAGCAAGUUGCAAGAGAGAAUUCUGCGAGAGCUACAUGAUAGUCAUUUGGGUAUCGUCAAGAUGAAGGCCCUAUCACGAAGCUAGGUGUGGUGGCCAAACAUCAACCAACAGUUGGAGAACGUAGCGAAAACCUGUAGUGGUUGUCUACAGAACCAAAAGAUGCCAUCCAAGGUAUCCUUACACCCAUGGGAAUGGACCACUUCACCAUGGCAACGUGUACAUAUUGAUUAUGCUGGUCCUUUUAAGGAUACUAUGUUCCUGGUGGUGGUCGACGCACACAGCAAGUGGCCAGAAGUAAUUCCUAUGAAGUCGACAACCGCAGCGAAGACCAUUGAAGUACUACGAAAUUUGUUUGCACGAUUCGGAAUCCCGGAACAGAUUGUCUCCGAUAAUGGCCCCCAAUUCGUCUCAGAAGAAUUCCGGUCGUUUAUGAAAUCUAAUGGAGUAAAACACAUCACCUCUGCCCCAUACCACCCUGCUACAAAUGGCCUUGCAGAAAGAUCAGUGCAAACAUUCAAACAGGCACUGCGUUCAAUGGAAGAAAGUUCGAAGCCAAUUCAAGAGAAGUUAGCAAAAUUUCUUAUAACCUAUAGAAAUACCCCACAUUCAACAACUGGAGAGAGCCCAGCACAACUUAUGCUUGGCAGGCCAAUACGGACACGUUUAGACUUAGUUAAACCUAAUCUGAACAGGAAGAUGGUGAUCAAACAACAGGAGCAGAGCAGGAAGUCUGCCAGUGCCAAGAACAGAGCAACACGGCAGUUGGAAGUGGGAGACAUGGUAAUGGCACGUGAUUACCGAGGAAAUCUAAAGUGGAGAUCGGGAAAGGUCAUUGAAAGGAUCGGACCUUUGAUGUAUAAGAUCGAAGUGACAUCGGGCGUAAUCUGGCGCAGACAUAUUGACCAACUGCUGCCAACCGAAGUUAAACUAAGCACAAUACAGGACAGGGAGCAAACUGCAAAUAUGGGAGUAGUGCAGCCGGAAGUGAUAUCCAGUUCAAGUGAACAGACAUUGCCAAUAGUAGCAGCAGACUUGCAAGUGCAACAGGGCUCCAGCACCCACGAACUUGUAAAUGAGAGCACUACAGAGACAUCAAUGCCUCUGGCGACAACGAGCGAACGAAGAUAUCCAGAAAGAGUGAGGAAACCACCUGUGAGACUUGAUCUCUAAAGUAGCAGUGUUACGGACAGAUGUAGGGGUUAGAACGUAUAUUUACAGUAUAUAGAUAUACAGCAAAGACUGUUAAUUAUGACUUUAAUGUUAAUGUUAUGUGCAGCAAAGACUGGAUAUUAACUGGACAAUUUUUAGUAGGGAGGAGAUGUUAUGGGUUACCUAUGUUAUUAGGAUGCGCGCGCAUCCACCAUGUGUUCGGGAUGAGUGCUUCUUGUUGAGUGAUACACGAAAUAUAAUAUAGCUAUUUAAUAGAAAGCAAAUACACAACAGUUUUGACCCGAUUGCGGCUGCAGCACGGUUCAAGCAGCGACACAUGUCAUGAAAAUCCUCCUUGGGACCGGUUGUGGGGCAUCAGCCCCAUCCGCUUGUUCAUGCGUAUUUGAUAAUUCUACUUACUCAGACUGCACCUCGUCUUGUUUGCGUGUGCGCGAUCCAGAUACGUGCGGGCGAACUACACAAGCACUAUGCGGUUUGGGAUCGGUUAUCGCAACAGCUUCCCAAUAGAAUGGAGAUUCUCGGCUGGAUCGAUCAUGGGGUGUCUGUGUCUGAUUAUUUGCAACAUUUUUCGGGACAGUUUUGGGGAGUCCAUUAUGACUGGGACGCCCCGGUAUCACAAGUGUUCCAAAACCAUAGGAUAGUACUUCUGCCCGUUUGGCAGCUUCGGUCGAUGGUCUUCAAUCGACGACAGAUCUUACGCACAUGUAUCAGGAUCUGAACGCGGUUAAACAUUUCAUCCUUGCUUUUCCACCAUUCACUUCUUAGAUGGGCGGUUGUUUUGACUUUAUUUAAUUAUGUUGUUUGAUCGCAUUGGUUCUGACUUUCCGCUUGUAGGCCCGAACUGUUGUCCAGCGGGGGGCGUGUCGGACAAUAUUGGAUUUUGUGUAUGGAAAAUAUGCAUGUGGGGAUGAGUUGGGGGUUACUUGAGUGUGGGGAAUGUGAGUAUGGGGAAUAAGUGGGGAGAUUUUGAGUAUGGGGAGUUGAGGGUGGGUAUGGGAGGAAAUGGUGGGAGAGAAAGAGGUAGGAAGCAGGGCUGAAUUCCGUGUGGAUCCUACCUCCAUGUUUCGAAUGAAACAAUGGAUCUUCCUUUUCCCCAAUACUUAAUCAGUGAUCCGUGGAAGAAUGGCCAGUUUGGAUAGUUUACUAUUCAAACUGGCAAAAUGUUCCGCGGGAACUGAUUGAGUAUUAAAAUGUGCAUAAGGGGUGUGUUUAUUGAAUAAUUGAUGAAGAGAAAUGCAUAAAAGACUGGAUCGCCGGUAAUACAGCUUGUUUUGUGCUGAUCGCCGCGGGGAAGAAGUGUUUAUGCAAAGAGAUUAAAUCACGGACCAGGGUGGGUGGGUGGGAGGGUUGGGAGUGGAGAGGGAAUAUAAUUUGUAUGUGGCAUGUUGUGCAGCCCCCACCCUCCCACCCCAUUCUUCGGCUAUCCAUGCUGGUCUUCCGCUGCGGAUUCUACCUCCAUGUUUCGAAUGAAACAAUGGAUCUUCCUUUUCCCCAAUACUUAAUCAGUGAUCCGUGGAAGAAUGGCCAGUUUGGAUAGUUUACUAUUGCUGUUGUGAUUAAAUGCAUGCAUAAAUUUUGCUUUAUGCACUCGCGUAUGCAAUAAUUUUGACAGUUGUGCUAAUUUAAAUUCCCAGGCGCCUAAAAUCUUUUGUCUUUAAAACAAUGUCAUUUCUUGGGAAAUUCCGAGGUUGCGUUUUUUUAUACAUCCUGUAGGAAUAUAACGAAAUUUGUAGAGCGAAUAUUUUGUCUCAUCAGCUCUCUUCUGGAACUAAUUAGAUUUGUCUUUGCUAAUUAGUUCCACUCGAGAAAUCACAAGACAAAGAGAAAUUCCGCUCCGCGCGGAAAAUUCGGCUUAGCGGAAAACGGCCUUUAGGAAAAAAUAUUCUUCUAAACAUGUUAGAUGGCAAAACCAGGAUUUAUAUUAGGAUCUCCAAACGUUUACUGGUUAAAAAUAUUUAUUUGGACGACCUUUCGACUGCCAGUCUGCAGUCUUCGACAGGUAUUCGAAGUGAAUGCCAGAACAAUACCGCUUUCUGCUCAAAAAACCUUAAAUUAUUUUCAAUGUAAACAGUCAUUAAUCUUAUAUGCGUUGGCGGAACUGUCAAUAAUUGUAUGUUGUGUGAGAAUAUUGUAUUUGUAAACCGGUACCACUGUAAAUAUCACAUUUACUUUAAUCUAUACCCGUGGAAGACUGCAGACUGGCAGUAGAAAGCUCGACCAAAUAAAUAUUUUAAACGAUGCAGUGACGUUUGAAACUCUUAAAAUAUUGUUCGUCGCUUUCCCGACCUCAAGCCCGUCAGCCUAACGACUUUCGAGUUUGAUUGCGACAUUACAUCGUGGAACGCAAUACUGAACUGGGCAAAUAUUGUCGGUGUUUAGGAAGAUACGUAAAACACGUUGUGACUGUUUUCGGUGAAGUAAACAUGUCUGAUGCUGUAUUCUCCUUGUUGAUCGGUUGGACAAUAGCUUUUGCCACAGUAAGGUUUUGAUAUUUCGUCCAAAUAAAAUCCAAAUAGCUUCAUGCACUCCUUCAAAACUUUGUAAGCAGCUUGUAUAAUUAAUCAGAUGAAGUCAUGUGAUAGAUAUAUCUGGUGACAUGUCAUGUAUAUUUCUAUAAAUAUAUAUUUAUCGAGGACAACCUUUCCUAAAUUCACCAGUCAUUGCCUAAGAGGUUGUCCAGCUUAAAUAUAUCUAAAUACCUAAAUAUCGAUCACGUGACAUGUAUUUAUUCGUGGGUAUUCGUGGGGCGUGCGUGGUAAUUGCGAGUUCGAUUAGCGUGGUGAAAUUUUCCACAAUGACAAGGCCUUAUUCGAAUGAUUUACGCUGUAGGAUGAUAUAUCAACGAUAUUUUUAUAAUAGAAGCUAUGAGGGCACAGCUUCACAAUUAUUUGUUUGUUCGAAAACCGUCUAUCGGACAGUUAGAACUUUUGUAAACACGGGUGAUGUGAAACCAUGCCGUCUCUUGGUCGCCCGACGGGAAACAGCUAUUAGAGAGUUUGAGCAAGACAACGAAGUCGGACGACGACGACGUGGUUGACAAUGUUUGCCUGUCUUGCACAUUACCUUGCGCAUUCUGAGUUUAGGGUCAGGAGUGAAGACAGAUUAGAGAUUCAUGUCUAGCUGUUUGUGAAUGAUGACCCAAAUCCUUACCCUGAUCAGGAUAAAACAGCGAGAUAUGAAUCCAUAUCCCGUCUUCGUCUUCUGCCUUCGUUCACAACGAAUAUUUUGGAAAAAUUCGUUGUGAAUUUCGUUCUGCACGAAAGCAGAAGGACAAAGACAGGAUAUAGUUUCAUGUCUCGCUGUUUUUUUCUGUAUCAGGGCAUGAAUUAUGGUCAGUAUCAUAAACAGUGACACAUGGGAAGACACGUUGAGCAACCACCACUUACGUCAACACCGGUAUGUGCAAGAUAAUGUACAGAUGGCAAAAAUUGUCAAGUAUGCCUUCGUCUUCGUACUUCGUUGUCUUGCUCAAACUCUCUAUUUCCCCAUGAAGAAUACAUUAUAAUGGAUUGUAUACUUCGCAACCCGCAAAUGCAGCUCUAUGAAAAUGAUAAUAUCGCCAGUGUCACUGGAUCAGCGUUUGGGCCGAAGACGCUAUGCCGUGCUCUAUAUAGGCUUGGAAUAACGCGUAUAAGAAGGUAAGCUGUGACAUUUUCAAUAAGUUAGUGUGGCUGUGCCAUAACACACAUGUUGUUUCACCGAGCCGGCCUAUGAGCAAUGUCUAAUACGUCUUAUAAUAAAAAAAUGUGAUAAUUUUGAAAACUGAUUUCCUUUUCUCCAGAUACAUAGAGUUGCUCUUCA